ACUUUUUUAAAUUCUAAUUUACGAUGUCGCUUAACACAGCUUACGCAAGUACAAUACCAGCAGUUUUCAAAAUCGUUGAGAUUAUUCUCAAUAUUAUACUUAUCAUUCUUGUUGCUGUGUCACCGAACUACGUCAUUCCUGGCCCUGGAGGAUGGUUAUUCUUCGUUGCAAUCUUGACUACAUUGAUUUCAUUAUUUUUCUAUUGUAUACACCUUACAAACGCAAUAUACAGGUUUUCGGGGCCUAUGACACUAAUCGAAUUUAUAUGCAUUGCAAUAUGUUCAGGUUUCCAUUUAAUCGCUAUGAUUGUAUGCGCAUGUACAGUAUCAGGUUAUGGGACAGCAAUUGCUGCAGCUGUAAGUUCUAUAUUUACUUACAUCUUUAUUGUAUGCACAUUAUUGUUGGUUAUUUUGUCUUCUUGUUAUAAAUCUAGUCUGUACUUAUUUAAAACCGUUGAAAUUCACAAAAUGGUAUUAUAGAAAUAGUCCGCUGAAUAUUAAUUUAAUGAUUGUCAUGAUAAAAAUAUGGAAUAUGGAGUAGUAUCAGAUGACUUGUCUUCUUACUGUAAAGACCCAACCAUCGGUUACGGAAAUCUAUAGGGCUAGAUAAUUUAAAGAAUUUUUAGAGGGAAUAUUUUUCAACCUCUCCUUCGGUUGUUUGGAGGUAUUAUCGCCGUAUAUACUAGUUGUCUAAGCGAAACACUUUUAUGCUUUCGCACCCCUGUAGAGUUGGGAAUAAAAUUUCACUCUCGGUCUAUGAAUUACUAACGUUGGUCUUUUCUUUUUUCAAUGGACCCCUUUAAUAUAGUAGAAACUUCAGAAACAAGUGUUCUAGAUUAUAUAACUUAACUGGGUCAUUAGGGUGUGCAAGUGUUGUCAUCACCAAGGAGGUGGCUACGAUUGAGAAAAACUAAACUAUUGUUGUAGUCAUUCACCUCAAAACCUGGAAAUGUUAUUUCAAUCAUAGUUUAGUCAUCAUUAACAGUCCUGAAACGAAGGAAAAAGUUGUUCAAUAAUCCCCGAUUAUAAAAUAUUCUGUGAUUUAUAUCAUUAUGCUACGAAAAGUAUACCUGAACAACAAAAUACGAGCAUUCGGCCGUGAGUCAAUCAUAUAUCAAUUAGGAAAAAAUUACUUUAGUUUGGGUAGAUAGGUGACUUUAGAUUUAUUUCCAAAACUAUUAUUGAAAAUGAAAAUGCAAAUUAUGUUUAUGGACGCUUAAACGAUUAAAAGUAAAUAACCCUAAAGUUUCAUUUGGUGACACUUUCAUUCGAGUGUCUUCAGGUAAAUAGUAGAAAAUAAAAGCAUUUAAAGAUGUUUUCUAUACACUCAGCAUCCAGAUCACAUGAUACUGUUCCUUCAGUACUAGAUAAAUGCUCUCGCCUAAGUAUGAUCAGAGUCCGAGUGUAUGCUUCUAAAAUGGAUAAUAUAGUCUAUCAAACAUCUUUAACAAUAUUUGACAGAGAUACGGUAUAUUUAAAUUCAUCAUUUUGUUAAUGUUAUAGUAGCUCAGUUACAAAUUGCAUCUACACAUUCAUGAAGUUUGUAGUAGCCGGAAAUAAGUUGUUCUAGGACAUGUUUCGAAGACAUAAUCAACAUAACCUGUUCAUUGAAUAACUUAAUUAGUUGUAUAGCUCUUCAUCAGAAUUCCAAUAGGAUCUAACCUAUACUUUCAAAAAACAAUACAAUUUAAAUAUUCCGUAGUAGAAAUCUAAAAUCAAGUAUUCCAAGAAAUAAAUUUUUUGACAAGCUAUUUUAUUAUUCUAAAGUAAAUAUGAUAAUGCUUUGAUAGAUGGAUCAAUUCACUAUGGUGACAUAGGUGUAUCUAUUACCCAAAAAUAUGCAUCAAUUUAUUGUGAAAUCUAAUGAAUUCAUCAAUUUCGUAUUUCAUGUAACAUAUAAAUAAAGUGAUUAGUUAGCUACGAUAUGUAAUGUUUAACACUAUAAUUAGGAAAACUUAUUAUCUACGAACUGUAAAUCAUUCGUUUGCGGUACAAAGUCUUUAAAGUAAGAUUACAAACGGAAGCUAAUCACGGAUUAUUCAUUAAUUUAUUUAAUGAACAUAAUUAUACAAAAAUAAGGUAUGAAUAAAUGUAAACGGAUCAGAACAGCAAAUAAAUCCUUCAUCAAUAUUAUUUACACAGAUUAAAGUUAUUCAAAUUAUUGCAUAUAAUAGUACUGGAUAAUGAAAUAAAUGACUGUGGAUUCAUUUAACCAAGUAUUCACAAAUUAUCAAAUAUACUCACAAUUAUUACACAUAAGUUACAUGAUAAUCUCAAGUAAUAAUCGUUGAGAAACAAAACGGAAAAUAUAAUUCUCUACAUGACAAAUGUACAAAUAGAUGACCAAAAACGGUACAACUGGAACUGAUGAUUUAUAAAAUUAAAAGGCAUAUUGAAACUAUGCUAAACUGACUGAUUGAACAGAUGUGUUUUUUCAUAUACACAGAUCACGUUUGGAUUGAUGAAUCUUCAUCAUGUCAGACGUUCAUAAAUCUCUAAUCCAAAGAUUCUUUGACUCCGUUGUUUAGAGUUCGCCAACAUUCAUGAAUGUUGAUUCAUGAGAUGGCACAUGACUACAGUUGAUCACACAUUCACGAAUCGAAAUGUUGAUAGAUUUGAAUCACGUUUGAAACUGUCAAACAGACUGGUGGUAGUGGUGGUGUUUGGAUAUGCGUUUCAACAAGCAAACUAUUGCGAAAAACAAUACAACCUGUUCCAGAUGAUCAGACAAACUGGUAGUUGUGCACUGAGAUGGACGAAUUGGAGAUUUAUUAUACAUCUACUUCCUAGAAUGAAACACUUACGUACAGAAGGAAAUGAUAACUAACUCUACUGAAAUGGAGGUCUUUCUCAGAGAAUUCGGUAGUCUGUAGUUCAAUAACUCUCCUUCCAUAUCCUUUUCAAGUUGGAUGUUCACGAACAGAAUUUUGUCGAGAAGUGUGUGAUUGCUUCCAGAUUGACAAUUCGGCUCUCGCUCAUCUACCAUCAAUGAAUUUGUUGUAGGGUGAGUAUACUUGAAAUUGACUAAAGUGUUGAUGAAAUGUGGUACAAAUUGAAAUAGACAGUUUCACCGUUCAGUUGUGCUGUGAAACCAACCAUGUAGGCUCUACAGAUUUCAAAGUGAUGGAAGGAAUACUGCAUCGCAUAUUGAUAUAUUACAUUGUGAAGACGACAUCGAAUCAAGUGCAUAUUGAAAGUUUACAAUUAAUCUGGUCGAUCUCAUCACUAGAUACAGAAAAACCGGUUAGAAGGUAGAUCAUACCACUUAUGAAUUGUGACUGUGUCAGUCGUUCAUAAAUCUCUGACUCAAAUGGUCUUUGACUGUGUCAGUAUGAAUUAUUCCAGAACACCAGAUAAACUGAUAACUUGAUUCUACAGUGUCCUAUUUCCACAAAUCUAACUGCUAUCUGACAAGUAAAUAGAUUCACCAUUUAUUAAUAUACAACGUUGUAGUCUGCAUGCAUAGGUAUUCACGUGUGUUGGUUUAGUCAAGUGUACAGAUUUUAAACAAAUAGUUGAUCAGAUCAAAUUAGCAUAAACACUCUAACUGUCCAAUUAAUUACUAUCAAGUUGUAACGAUUUUCCAUUUCUAAGUGAUUUCAUUCAUAUUAGAUUUAUGGUUUGUCAGUAUCUAAGAUUUAACGGAAUAGUGUGUUGUGUACUUUAUUACUAAGCUAACUGAGUACAAUUAAAUCAAUAGUACGAAUACAUAAACUGUGUUGAGCCGUAAGAAUUUUUAUGCAACAUUUGGACGCCUACAUAACUGUACAUUCAAAAUUAUAAUCUUCUCUUUACACUCGUUAGUUGACAUUAAUCUGUAACCUUAUAUAAUCCAAUCUCAUAUUUAACAUAUGUGAACAGACUUGGAUUAGCACUGAAGUAUUAAAAAGUAUUAAAAAAGGAUUAAUUAAACUCAAACAUUCACGAUAUACGUUUUUUUGAAAUAAUCCGAAAUCGUUAGUAAUGUAGUGAAACAUAAAAUCACUUAUGUCAAUCAGUGAUUUAAAUGGAAAACCCUUUUGGAUAAAAACAGUCAGUUAUUUUCUGAUUUAAUAUGUUGAAAAGUUUUCGGAAAGAAAUGUUGGGAUUAUAUCAAAAGACUUAUCUGUGAAUAUUUAAAGAAAUAUCAUGAUAUAUUUCCUAACUACAAUUACUUUGGUUUAUAUCUAUGCUCUUCAUCAAUUGAUAAAAUUCAAUAAGCAAUAAAAGGACUUGAUAAACGUAACAUUGAUCACUAUUCUGUGUUCGAGUAAUCGUUAUGAAUAUCAGCCCUAUUAUAAGACGUCCAUAAUAUCCUAAAAAUCUCAGUAUCAUUAUCUCAUUCUGUGAUACUUUGUGAAGCAGGCUCAAAUACCACAAAAGAAAGCAUUAGUUACAUUAUUAUUGCAGGUAUACCUUGUUGACGAAUCGAAACCAGCACGAAACCUAGGUAAAGUAGGGUUUCCUACCGACCACCAUCAAUCACAUUACACUUCAUUUAGAUAAGCAAAUAAGUGUAAAGCAAUUACCGGUCCUGAGUGCUUUUUAAUUGUACCACUGGAUACUUAUUAACCAUAUCAUGUUGAUAAGGGUCAAUCAGCAGUAGGUCUCAAUAUGCACAAAGGGAAAAGCAAGAUUCUCCGAUACAACACAGCAUGCACCAAUCGAAUCACAAUUGACGGAGAAGAUUUGGAAGAUGUAAAAACCUUUACAUAUCUGGCAGCAUCAUUGAUGAGCACGGUGGAUCUGAUGUAGAUGUGAAGGCGCGGAUCGGCAAAACAAGAGCAGAAUAUUUACAGUUGAAGAACAUCUGAACCUCGAAGAAACUGUCAACCAACACCAAGGUCAAGAUUUUCAAUACAAAUGUCUAGACAGUUCUUAAGUUAUUGAUAAUUGAGGAAAAGUAAUAUGAAAAUACAAAUAUUGACGAUCAUAUUUAUAUUUUAAUGACUUCAUUCAUGAAUUCAUUUUAAAAAAUAUAAAAUAAUCGGUCACUAUUAAUAAUAUAUCACAAGUGUUCGUAAAUGAGUUUUAGGACACUGUCGUUUUAGUCAAAUCGAUUAUUCGCAUAACCUUAUUUCAUAUGAAAUUCAACUUGUCAACAAUCAUGAUAAGUCUAAGUGAUUUCAUAUAAAUUUUUUCUAAUUUUUAUUAUAUUGUCUUGUUUUAACAACAACAAUCAACAUUUUUAUGUACUCAAUUAUAUAACUGAAUCAAAAUUCUC